CGCAGGGGCGGGCAGCGGCGGCGGCGGCGGGGCCCGGAGUCGGGGCGGGUGGCGGGGCCGGACAUGGCGGCGCGGCCCGGCCCGCGGGAAGAUGAAUAAGGGCUGGCUAGAGCUGGAGAGCGACCCCGGUCUCUUCACACUCCUGGUUGAAGAUUUUGGGGUCAAGGGAGUGCAGGUUGAAGAGAUUUAUGACCUGCAGAGCAAAUGCCAAGGCCCUGUGUAUGGGUUCAUCUUCCUGUUCAAGUGGAUUGAGGAGCGCAGAUCACGCCGAAAGGUCUCUACCCUGGUGGAUGAGACGUCGGUCAUUGAUGAUGACAUCGUUAAUAACAUGUUCUUUGCUCACCAGCUGAUCCCCAAUUCCUGUGCCACCCACGCCCUGCUGAGUGUCCUCCUGAACUGCAACAAUGUCGACCUGGGCCCCACGCUGAGCCGCAUGAAGGAUUUCACCAAAGGAUUUAGCCCUGAGAGCAAAGGCUAUGCCAUCGGCAAUGCCCCAGAGCUGGCCAAGGCCCAUAACAGCCAUGCCAGGCCGGAGCCACGCCACUUGCCAGAAAAGCAGAACGGUAUCAGUGCUGUGCGAACCAUGGAGGCUUUUCAUUUUGUCAGUUAUGUCCCUAUCAAGGGACGGCUGUUUGAGCUGGAUGGGCUGAAGGUCUAUCCCAUUGACCAUGGGCCGUGGGCUGACGAUGAGGAAUGGACGGACAAAGCCAGGAGAGUGAUCAUGGAGCGCAUCGGCCUGGCCACUGCAGGGGAGCCGUACCACGACAUCCGCUUCAACCUGAUGGCGGUGGUGCCUGAUCGGAGAAUGAAGUAUGAGUCUAAACUGCACAUCCUGAAGAUGAACCGCCAGACUGUGCUGGAGGCCUUGCAGCAGCUUAUCCGAGUAACUCAGCCUGAGCUGAUCCAGACCCAGAAGUCUCAGGAGUCUCAGCCUCCUGAAGAGGCAAAGCCAGCCAGCAUAAAGACUGUGACUCCGGAGAGCACCCACCCAGACGGCACUGACGAGCCCACCAGCCAGGGCCACCCUGUGGCCACGCAGAGCCCACCCAACAAAUCCAAAGCAGCAGCAAAGACGUCAGCGAGCAGUAUCAAUGGAGCACCUCCAGGAAACCCCAACCCCAUCGUGCAGAGGUUGCCAGCCUUCCUGGAUAAUCACAACUAUGCCAAGUCCCCCAUGCAGGAAGAAGAAGACCUUGCAGCAGGAGUGGGUCGCAGCCGGGUCCCAGUCCGACAGCACCAGCAGUACUCAGAUGAUGAGGAUGACUAUGAUGACGAUGACGAUGAUGAAGUUCGUAACACCAGCUCGGCCAUCAGGUACAAAAGGAAAGGGCAGGUAAAGCAAGAGCAUGUGGCGGGGGCUGCGGAUGGCCAGCUCUCCGUCCUCCAGCCCAAUACCAUCAAUGUCCUGGCUGAGAAACUGAAGGAAUCUCAAAAGGAUCUUUCCAUUCCCCUGUCCAUCAAGACGAGCAGCGGGGGCACUGCCGUGGCGGUGGUCACCCACUCCCAGCCCUCUCCCACCCCCAGCAACGAGAGCACGGACACGGCCUCGGAGAUCGGCAGCGCCUUCAACUCCCCGCUGCGCUCUCCCAUCCGCUCGGCCAACCCCACCCGCCCCUCCAGCCCCGUCACCUCCCACAUCUCCAAGGUGCUCUUUGGCGAGGAGGACGGCCUGCUGCGUGUUGACUGCAUGCGCUACAACCGGGCUGUCAGGGACUUGGGGCCCGUUAUCAGCACCGGGCUGCUACACCUCACGGAGGACGGUGUGUUCUGCCCGCUGGCUGUUGCAGAUGGGGGUAAAAGCUCCCCGCCUUCCAUCAAACCCGGUGAAGAGGCCCCAGUCGCAAUCAAACCGGACGAGAAGGAGGGCAGUGAGGCCAGUGACAGCAAAGAGAAGGUGGGACUUGGCAGGACCAGUGAUCACCCUGGGGGGGAAAAGUAUUCUCCCAAGGAGCUGCUGGCACUGCUCAAGUGUGUGGAGGCAGAGAUUGCAAACUAUGAGGCGUGCCUGAAGGAAGAGGUGGAGAAGAGGAAGAAAUUCAAGAUCGAUGACCAGAGGAGAACCCACAACUACGAUGAGUUCAUAUGUACCUUCAUCUCCAUGCUGGCCCAGGAAGGCAUGCUGGCCAGCCUCGUGGAGCAGAACAUCUCGGUCCGCAGGCGGCAGGGGGUCAGCAUCGGCCGGCUGCACAAGCAGAGGAAGCCAGAUCGCCGGAAACGCUCCCGCCCGUAUAAAGCCAAGCGUCAGUAGCCUGGGAGUCAAGACUGUGAGAAGCAGCUGGGCUCUGUGGCUUUGGGCAGUGGCACUUGGAUCUACGUUACAUUUUGCCUAAGGAAGACGGACCACAGUGACAAGCCCUCAGCUGACGUGGAGCCUGGGGACAAAGAGAAAUCGGGUUUUCCUCUGAGCCUGAGCUGUGAAAGGCAGGAACAUGUUGUCUUGAGGGAAGUCCCUGCAGCCGCAGCAGAAGGCAAGCUGGCGUGCCCGGCUGCCUGAGCGUGCUGCGGCAGCACACACAUGCUGUGGGCCUGUGUCUCGGCACUGUGGCCAAGGACUGCAGCAGGAGAGGGAGAGCCCACCUGGCCCGAGUCGGCUCCGAUGGUGAACACCGGCGAUGCUGAUGCAAGGUCGUGCUGGCUGCAGCUGGCUGUGGCUUGUGUCCUCCUGUGUCCAGGCCUUCAGCUCUACGCUUCCCCAGGCCAUCUAUGUCUGUCUCCUAUCCCUCUCCCUCCCUUCCCCAAGUUAUUUUUGGUUCUGACCCCUGCUUUGGCCGUUGCCGAGCAAGGUGGCUCCUGGGCAGAGCCCAUUCUCCUGCGCUCACCUGCCUCCCUGCUACCUGGUUUCCAGAACCGCCCCCUGGGUGGCUGUGCAGGUCCUGCCUUGCCCAGCCCUCGCAGCUCUGGGCUUGGUGCCACCCCCAGUGCCAGGGGAGGGGGGGUGGGGUUGUCCCUGGAGCUGGGCCUUGUGCCCAGCCCUCGGUGGUGGUGCUGGGGGGCGGCGCGUGGCUCUGCUGCCAUGGCUGCUCUCCUAGGGACCAGCUCUGGCCCUGGCGGUGCUGGUGGGUCACACAGGGUUGCUCCAGGCCCAGUUCUGAAUCCCUGUCAAUUACGAACAGACCAAGUUCAUCAGGUGGCCUGGGUGCUGCUGGGCACUGUGCCAGGGUGGACGCUGGGUGUGGAGUCCCUUGGUGAAGCCUUGCAGCGUGGGGAGAGGUGCCUGGGUGCUGCAACACUCGGGGUGGCAUGGGGGCUGCAGGGGAGGGUGGAAGCAGUGGCGGGAGCACAAAGCUGCUCAUCCAGAGCUCACUGGUGUGGGCAGCAGCCUGCUCCCUGCCGCAGCGCCUGGCCUGGCCCUCGCCUGCCACCUCCUGCACAUGGUCUUGGGCCUGUCCCCAGCAACCCAGCCGAACUGAGAAGCCAGAGGUCAGCACCCCUCCAGAGGUGUCCUGAGGCAGAGCUGGGCCGAGGGGUGCUGUCAUGGGAGAGGACUGAAUUUUGCAAAUGUGCAAGUUUGUACAGGUCUUGACUAUGGAAUGAGGCUGUUCUUUCGGUAUUUGUUGAAGGGAAGAAAAUCCCAUCUCUUGCUGUGUCUAGUAUCAAGUGCUGUAAAUAAUGGAUCUGUCUGAAGGAAUAAAGCUAUCCUGUAACAGCCA